AUGCACGUUCCUGUACUCUGCAGCAGAGGUACUGUAGCAUUGGAAACCGAAUCUGCUGGACAUGCCUCAGAUCCAGAGCUCCGAGAGCGAACUCCGAAAGCGAGAGCGUGGUCCCCUGUUCUUCUUCUUCGACUUGCCGGCAACAGCGCCACCCGCGGCGGCCUCACGCUCCUCCUCCGCGCGCGUUGUCGUCGAAUCCACCGCCACGCCGACCUGCACCUGGCCGCUCGCCGACCCUCGCACUCACCGAUCCCCGCGCGGCCGCACCGAGGCGCCGACCUGGUGACCCACGCCUGCAAGCCACCAAAAAUUGCAGCGCGGAGGAAAGCCAAGGCCGCCGGUCCCUUCCCUUUGCCACCCGCCGCUGGAUCCUCCACCCGCAGCUUCCCCCAGUCUACCGCAGCGCUGGUCCGGAGGAGCAGGGAUCCACCCGUUCGGAGGUGGACUAGCUCACUCUCUUGUGCUGGUGGUUCUUCUUCCUCUUCGGCCCUUGAGAUCGGCAGCAGUUGACAGCAACCUCGAGCCUCUGAGAAACGGACGAGCUGUGAGGUCCUGGCUCCUCGAGCCCCUGAGAGAUAGGUUUUUUUUUAGCCUUUUUUAAAUUAAUAUUUUAAUAAUAGCCUGUCGGAAUUUAUAUUUUCAGAAACUGGUCCCUUUUGU